AUGGAAUCAAAUCACAAAUCCGGGGAUGGAUUGACCGGCACACAGAAAGAAGCCGCCCUCCGUGCGUUAAUUCAGCGAACGGGAUAUAAUUUGAUCCAGGAAAAUGGGCAGAGGAAAUACGGAGGCCCACCACCUGGCUGGGAUGGCCCUCCACCGGAGAGGGGGUGUGAGAUCUUUAUUGGGAAACUGCCCCGAGACCUCUUUGAAGAUGAACUUAUACCACUGUGUGAAAAAAUUGGCAAAAUCUAUGAAAUGAGAAUGAUGAUGGACUUUAAUGGCAACAACAGGGGCUAUGCCUUUGUGACCUUCUCGAAUAAACAGGAGGCGAAGAAUGCAAUAAAGCAACUCAAUAAUUAUGAAAUUAGGAAUGGGCGUCUCCUCGGAGUCUGUGCUAGCGUGGAUAACUGCCGCCUGUUUGUGGGAGGGAUCCCCAAAACGAAGAAGAGGGAGGAAAUUUUAGCAGAGAUGAAGAAAGUCACAGACGGAGUUGUGGAUGUCAUUGUCUACCCUAGUGCAGCCGAUAAAACCAAAAACCGGGGUUUUGCUUUUGUGGAAUAUGAAAGCCAUCGGGCAGCAGCCAUGGCCAGAAGAAAAUUGCUCCCAGGAAGGAUCCAGUUGUGGGGACACCCUAUUGCCGUUGACUGGGCAGAACCAGAAGUGGAGGUGGAUGAAGACACCAUGUUGUCGGUAAAAAUUCUCUAUGUGAGGAACCUCAUGCUCUCAACCACUGAAGAGACCAUAGAAAAGGAGUUCAACAACAUCAAACCAGGUGCAGUAGAGAGAGUAAAGAAAAUUAGAGACUAUGCCUUUGUGCACUUCAAUAAAAGAGAAGAUGCAGUUGAAGCUAUGAAAGCCUUGAAUGGGAAGGUGCUAGAUGGGUCCCCGAUCGAGGUGACGUUAGCCAAACCCGUCGACAAAGACAGCUACGUCAGAUACACCCGGGGCACAGGUGGCAGAGGUACCAUGCUGCAAGGAGAAUACACCUACGCCUUCGGACACGUGUAUGACCCCGCCACCACCUACCUGGGUGCCCCGGUUUUCUACGCACCAACUACCCCCAUCCUCCACUUCCCCACCACCAAGGGGCUCAGCAACAGGAGCAUCAUCCGGCCCCCAUCCAUCCGAGAAAUUUACAUGAAUGUACCUGUAGGGGCUGCGGGAGUUAGAGGACUGGGAGGUCGUGGCUACCUGGCGUACACGGGCCUGGGGCGCGGAUACCAGCUCAAAGGAGAAAAGAGGGGAGAGGAUAAACUCUACGACCUCUUGCCAGGAAUGGAGCUCACGCCGAUGAACCACGUCACGCUAAAGCCCCAAGGGAUCAAACUCGCUCCUCAGAUCUUAGAAGAAAUCUGCCAGAAAAACAACUGGGGACAGCCUGUUUACCAGCUCCACUCUGCAAUUGGCCAAGACCAAAGACAGCUCUUCCUAUACAAAAUCACCAUCCCUGCCCUCGCCAGCCAGAACCCUACUAUACAUCCCUUCACACCACCCAAACUCAGUGCCUAUAUCGAUGAAGCCAAAACCUACGCAGCAGAAUACACCCUUCAGACACUGGGGAUUCCCAUGGAAGGAGCAGAGGUGCCUCCUGCAGCGCCAGCUUUUCCAGGUUAUACCAUUGCUAACGCAGCUGCCACUGUCACAGCUACUCAGCUCAAACAAGCAGUGACUAUGGGACAAGAUUUAGCGACAUACGCAGCCUACGAAGCCUACCCUGCCUUCGCAGUUGCUGCACGCAGCGAUGGCUAUGGAGCAUUUUAA